AUGUUUCGGCCAAUUCACACUGUUCCGCUGCUUUCCAUUGGCUCGUUGAGCUAUUUCUUCUGGGGAAGAGGCGAUAAGUCGUCUUCUUCUCCUGCCCCGGCCCCAGGAGGGUUCCCAAUUUCCGACAACGUGCCGUCUGGAUCCAGUCGCGUUCCUGCUCCUUCGAAACCGGGCCAGGUCCCUGCCAACCCACCACAGGUAAACCCUGGCGGUUUCUUUUCAUACGGCUUUCCAGGACCCGUCCAUGACCUCGAAACAAGAGCCGAGUUCGUGUCUGUUUAUGACCGUCAAAAGAGAAACCCGUACUACGUGGUUGAACACAUCACUCCAGAGUCUCUGAAACGCGACCCUAACGGCGGCGGAGACCGUAAGAACUCCGUGUUCAAGGAAGACGAGCAGAUCCCAAUCAAGUUCCGGGCCCUGUUGAAGGACUAUUUCCGUUCCGGCUACGACAGAGGCCACCAGGCCCCUGCAGCAGACGCAAAGUUUUCCCAAGCCGCCAUGGACGAGACAUUCUACCUCACCAACAUGUCUCCCCAGGUCGGUGCAGGCUUUAACAGAGAUUACUGGGCCCAUUUCGAGGACUUUGUCAGAAGACUGACUGGUGGCUACCAAUCCAUCAGAGUGGUCACUGGUCCAUUGUAUCUCCCAAAGAAAGACCCUGUUGAUGGUAAAUACAAGGUGACUUACGAAGUGAUUGGCAAUCCUCCCAACAUUGCCGUGCCGACACAUUUUUUCAAGCUGGUUGUGGCCGAGAAGUCGUUUAAAAGAGGCCCUAACUCGGACGACAUCGCCGUGGCUGCAUUUGUGCUUCCGAACGCUAUCAUUCCCAACGAGGUUCCCUUGACCUCGUUUGAGGUCCCUGUUGAUGCUCUUGAACGCUCUUCUGGUCUUGAGUUCCUCAAAAUGGUGCCCGAGAAUAAGAAAAAACAGCUUUGUAAGGAGUUCAGCUGCAACAUCAUUGUGAGAGAGUUUAAUAACUCCACCAAGUCUCUCCCUUCUGCAUAA